AUAUGCAGUAAACACACGCCGAUAGACCAUAUGCUUUCACUCCUGUCUUCUCUUUUGUCAGAGGCUCCCAUCUCUCCCCCAUUCCUUCGCCAACCCUCCACCCACCUCUCUCUCUCUCUCUUUUUCUCUCUUGCUUCAUCCUUUCUUUCGCUAGGGUUGUCUCGUUCGGUCUCCCAUGGUCGUCUACGCCUUCGCCGCCGCUGGCUACCCCGACGAAUGGGUGCACGACGCCUUUUUCGAUCCCCGUCUCGCCGCGACCGUCCUCCUCAGCUUUCGCCGAGGCAAGCGCCCCGAGCCGGAGAGCGAGGGCGACGAGAAGCCGUCCACGUCGGCGACGGCGGCAGAUGCGCCGUUGCCGAAGUGGGGAAGACGGAUCAAGAGACCACGGAUGAUGAGGCUCCCGCGUAUCCUCUCCGCGACGCGGGACGAGGAGAUGGAGGACGAAGCGGCGGAGAAGAGGAAGGGGAAGAGGAGGGCGAGCCCGCAGUCGCCUCUGGAGGGAUACAGCAGUGCGUCGGGGAGCGACGGUGAGGAGGGGGCGAGCUCGGCGGAAAAGCCCCCGAAGGCGCCGAUGUCCCCCUUCCCCGCCACCCCAUCGGGAGACGGUCGCACCAAGGUGGUCGCGGACCUGCGUGCGCCGUUGAUUUCGUCUAUCCCGGUUUCGGCGCCCAUCCGACGGCCAGCAUCGAGGAAAAUGACGAAACCGGAGCUGCAGGCGGUAGAGAGGACUCUGCUGGAGGAGCGGGCGAAUCUUCACAAGGACAUGGAGGUUUUGCGGAGGGCUGUGGAGGAGCUGCGGGCUGAUAACCGCAAGCUGGAGAAGAUGCAUUUGGAGUUGUCGAAGUUACCGAUUACUACUGUUCACAUGGCUCUUGAGGAUGUUCAAUUACAUGGAUCAUGUCAACCCACCGUUCAAUCUUCUUCACUACCUGGGCGCAAAGCUUUCAUUGCAAUACCAGAUCUCAAUGAUCCCCUACCAGAUUGUUGAAUCCCCAGACUGACUUUCUGAGUCAUUGAGAAUGCAAAACUUCUCGCUUUGUGAACAAAUAACCGAAAAUAUAGAUAAUGGUGUGGUGAUCUCCGAAAGGUGGGAUUCACGGAGUACUGGAUGACUAAUGAUAAUUUUCAGCAUCUAAUAUAAUAGUAGAGAACCCAAAGGGAACACUACAGAUUUUCACUGAAUCUGGCUUUGCUAAUUAUCCGAUACUCUUAGAAUUCACAGGAGUGAGAUACUUUAUUUUUUCCGGAUCCAAGAACAUAUUUGUUUGUUAACUUCUAGUACUGUAACGUGAUUCGAUUCUUCACUUUUGUCUCUUAAUAGUCUGACUGAUUCUUCA